AUGGCUACAAAAUCCCACAGCUACAGUAAACACAAAGAAUUCAAGGAAUACUCAAGCAGCGGGAGUGCAAACGUCCCAUAUGCUGACGAACAAUUCGACAUGCUCAAAUCUGAGUUGAUCCCGAAGGGCAGUAAGCUAGAAACUCUGGGUAACGGUGUCGGCGCCCGGGAGUACCACUACGAGUACAAGGAGGAGAAACAUCCCACAGGAAAAUACGACCGGAAGGAUUUGCAUACCGUUGAGCAAUACACCAUUCCUCCUAAAACAGUUCCGAAGUCAUCGGAAAGUAGCUCUUAUUACUACGAGAGAGAAGAACGUGAAUUGCCCUCCAUUACAUCAGGCAAACGAACUUAUAACUACGAGACCACAAAUACUUCCACUCCAGGUUAUUCAAAAAUAACAAGCUCGAAAGUGACCAAAGACCUGUCCCAGAAUGUUGAAGAGCUGGACUCACUACUGGACGACCUGCAGAAGGACCAGGAAAGGCAGCUUUAUAAGAGUGGUUAUACAUCCGACACAGCCGAAAGCACGUCAUUUGAUUACAAACGAGGUACUGCAGUGAAGGCUCCAUCGAGCGGGUACUCAACAUUGAAGCGUGAGGAGCGCGUGGAGACUUCAUCCUGGAAUUCCAGCCCUCCGCCCCCCGCCACUCAGCUGCGGCAACAGUACUACAGGGAGGAGACCACAGGAACGAAUAAAAAGCGCGAUGAACGCUUGGAGAGUUCAUCGUCGUGGAGUCCUGUCCCAGCGAAGACUUCUGAACUACGCCAGGAGAUGUUCAGAGAAGAAACAACAGAAUCCCGCGUGGUUCCCGCAGUAGUGCCCAGUGUGGUCCCCGCGCCAGUGUGCACUCACUGCCACUCUGUUGGAACGUUGGGUAGAUCGGGCACUCCUAUGAACAAGGUGACGACGACCGUGAAGACGUACACGUACGAGGUUCCCGCGGGAAGCGAUCCCGCAACAUUGCCGCUGCCAACGCACGCGGACCAUCAGCACUCAUACGUCACCAACGAAACAUUACACACGAGCAACACCCUCCAGGCGUCCCCGUCCCCUGCGGGCUGCCAGUACUGCGCGCACUGCAGCGGCCGCUCGCACAUAAGUGUGGCCCCCGCCAAUAGCACCACGCAUCUUGAGCCGCGCCCGCCGCAGGGUCCCACAUCGUACAAAUACUCCGAGACAUCCUACUCGGCCCACAACACCACGCAGCGCUACCCCUCCCCCGCGCCCGCCCCCUCCCCCACACCCGCGUCCUUCCCCCGCCCCACCACCCCCUCCCCCGGCAAUCAACAACCGCCCAAGAAGCUGGACGACUUACUAGCCGACUUCCCUGAAGCGCGGUUUCCGACACAACCGGACGGCGUGUACCAUCGCAAGGUGGAAGUGUCCCACGAGAGCUCCCACGAGUCUCGCGAGAAGCGGGACACCAACAAAACUCCCACCAACAACGUGUCGGGUCCCGCUGUAUACUACCCGCCCGGACACACGCCCUUCGCCAAGAAACCAGAAGCACAAGUACAAGGUUACCAAGCUAGCGCGAUGCAGGGUGGAGGAGCUUAUGCUUCAGGUAGAGGAAUGUACGAAUACGAGUCAGGCGCCCGCAGUAAGGAGAAACAUUCAGAACGUAAGACUGCGGUACCCGUAUGUCUACCGCUCUGUUGCGCUAUGCCCUGCGUUAUAUUGUAA